GUCUGCGACCACGGAAGGGCAGGAGGUCUACGGGGACUUGAGCGAUGUUCCUUCACAGCGACUGAAAGAGGUAAAGGGCGUCAUCAAGAGCAUCCGAGACUUGUGGCGCUCCGGGCGUGUGGGCAGCGUGAGCCACCUGAGAGAAUGGAUCGACACUCUGCAGCGCCUCUCGGGGCUUUCGCGUCAGGGUUUGCCUGCAGCUUUCCGGCUCGAAGAAUCUUUAAAUCGUUGGCUGCCUGCUCCUGUGACCACUUUAGAGGUCUGCGAUUUGGUCAGCGAGCAAUCACAGACAGUUGCGAUGACAGCUUCCGAUACUACUUUGCCGUUGAAACCUGGUUUGGUGAAGGCAAGCAACUCUUUCGAGGACGUUCUGUCCACUGAUGUCGGCUCCUCCGACCACGAGGCCCCAGUAUCCAAGUCAGACAAGAAAGAAAGACUUCGUUCCGGUUCGAAAAGCACAGCAACUGGCCAGACCGCACAGGCGCAGCCUCCCAAACCGUCCAAAAAAGCAGCUCGAAAGCAAAGGACUUCACCGAAGGAAAUAAGCGUUUUGCGCACUGCCCUUCGUGCGAAAGGCAAUGAGGUGAUGCACGAGGUUGCAGCCCAGCAGUCCAACAACAAGGCGAAGGGACGGAAGGCUACAGCCAACAGGUCCGCCGGCCGGGCGCCACCAGGCUUAGAGCACAGCCAGGCCGAGGCGGCCCCGGGCCCGGGCGGGGGCCAGGCGGGCCCCUCCCCGUCUCAGUGGCUCCAAGCGGGCCAGGCCCUCCAGGCUGCGAAGACCGUGCCGAUGCUCAACACGACCGAUGUCAUGGCAGUCGGAGAGCAGAUCCUUGCUCUGGGAACAACUCUGCAAAGAAUGCAGGCUGUUAUCGAAGGUCAAAACAUGGCGCUUGGGCAUGUCGCGCCUCCAGUUCCACUGCCAACACGGGAGCCCUUUGCGAAGACAGAGAAGCAUGACGUUAGUGAGUCCAGGAAGGACUGCGAGGAGGACUUGCGAGCGGUGGCAUGGCUACGUCUCUGA